AUGGGCGUCAAGCACCUGUGGCGCACGCUCGAGAAGGGCGGCGCCGUUGAGCUACUGGACGGCGGCGACGCGGCGCAGCACUGCGAGAUCCUUGAUGAGCUGGAGGGCGCGGCGGUCGCAGUGGACCUCAGCGCGUGGCUGGUGCAGGCGCAGACCCAGCCGGCGCUGGCGCAGAACUACGACUCCGACUUUGCCUGCGCGCUGAAGGUCGUGUUUGACCGGACGAUCCACUGGCUGCGCCACGGCUGCCUGCCGCUGUUUGUCAUCGAAGGCAACACCCCCGAGGCCAAGCUUGAGAAGCUGCGCCAGAGGUGCAUCGCCACCUACGGCCCCGGCGCGGGCCAGCGACGCGUGGGCAACAACGCGGGCAGCCGGUUCAGCAGCCUGGGGCGCAAGGUCGCGGAGCUGCUGGACUGCCUGGGCGUGCCGUGGGUGCAGGCAGAGGGCGAGGGCGAGGCGACCUGCGCGGCGCUCAACAUGUGUGGCUGGGCGCAGGGCUGCUACACAGCCGACGUGGACGCGCUGCUGUUUGGCGCCGUCACGGUCUACCGCACCCUGUCCCUCAGCACCGCCAACCCGCGGCAGACCCAGAUGGCGCGCUGCCGGCGCGCCGCGGUGCAGCGCGUGCUGCGCCUGCAGCAGGGCGGAACGCAGGCUCUCAUCGCCGUGGCCCAGCUGGCGGGCGGCGACUACGACGUGGCCGGGGCGGACAGGGUGGGCGACGUGCUGGCGGUGGCGGCAGUGCGGUGCCUCCUCAAGGAUCGACAGAGUGAUGCAGACGUGCUGGAGCUGCUGCAGCAGGCCCUGGCGCGCGGGGCAGACCCCCACCUGGACUCCCUCACGAAAUGCACUGGUGGGCGCAUGACGGCGCGCGGGGGCACGCCGGCCAGCGGGGUCGCGCAAGGCUGCAAGUGCUGCGGACAUGAGGGCGGUCGGAAGAACGCCAUCAAGAAGCACGGCAAGGAGGGCUGCGCAGAGUGCGGGACCGCAGGGCCGGACGGCGGCGGGGGCUGCAUUCCAAUCGAGGCACGGCCCGCGAGCGGCGGCGGCGGCGGCGGCGGCGGCGGCCGGCAGCAGGCGGCCUGUGGAUGCGAGUUCCACUGCACUAGUGAUGAGCGGCUGCUGAACCGGGUGGUGCGGCGCGCCGUGGCCACAAACGGCUUCCUGGAGAGCUGCAGGGUGGCGGCCCGGACGUACGCCUCAGAGGCGCGCCAGGCCGUGGCCGCCGUCCAGCGCGCCUACGGCCUCGCGCGGCCGGGCGGCGCCAACGUCUUCACCUGGAGGCGGCGCCCCGAUGUGCGCCUCAAACUGCUGCCGCUGCUGCUGGAGUGGGACAUCCGCUGCGGGCCUGUGCCGCCGCCCGGCAGCGGCGCGCAGCUGCGGCCGGUCGCCAUCAAAAAAGUCAGCGGCGCGCGGUUGGGCAAGGCCGCGCCGCCGCCGGGCGCGGACGAUGAUGGGGAGCCCCCACUGCCAGAGGAGGGGUGGCGGUAUGUGAUCGAGGUCGAGAGAAUGGCACGGCCGCUGGCCGCGGCAGGCUAUGGCCUCGGCGGCGGCAGCGGCGGCGGGCAGCAGCAGCAGGGGAAGCAGGGCGACGGCGGCGGGGCGGAGGAGGAGGCGGAGGACUUGGCGAUCGAUACCGCCUGGCUGACCAACACGGCCCGCAGCCGCCCGGCAAAGGCGGGGGCCGACGGCGCCGCGGCGGACGACGCUGGGGACGACGACGGCGGCGAGGGCGAGGGCGGCGCCUCGCAGGGCGGCAGCUCGCAGGGCGGCAAGGGCAGGAAGCCGCAGGGGACGCUGCCGUUUGGCGAGCACCGGUCGGUGCGGUGCACGCUGGUGCACGAGCUGUGGCCGCACCUGGUGCUGGAGUUCCACGCCAGGGCGGGCAAGAAGGCCGGGGCCAAGGGCAACGGCAAGGGCGGGGCGGGCGCGGGCAGCGGCGGGGCCAAGGGCCGCGACGAGAAGCAGCCGACGCUGAAGGAGUUCUUCCAGAUCAGGAAAGCCGUGCAGAAGGGCGCGGCGCCCGGCGGCGAGGGUGGCGGCGCUGGGAAGGCUGGGGUUUCUGGCGGGUGA